AAUGUGACAACGUUGAUCAUUGUAUUAAAAGACAGCAAAGUGGAAUGAUCGCAUAAAUAGUCUAAGGUCUAAACUAAUUUCAUAUAAAGGAAAAACAGAAUUAAAUUGUAGCUGAAAAAAAAAUAAAUAAAAAGAAACUUUUUAAAAACAUAAGAUAUAUAGUAUGAAGUGUAAGAAAAUAUUAGUGAAAAUAUUAAUCAUUGCGAUUGCAUUAUUGUCACUAUGUGAAGCACGUGGUGGUAGGCGUGGCGGUUCUUUUGGUGGUCUCUUUGGCAGCUGGCGUAAAUAUAAAAAACCUUCAAGUGGUGGUGGAACAUCACGGCGUAUUGUAAGUAGUUCACCGGUACACACACCGAUUACGAAAGCCAUGCAUGAGAAUAAAAAAUCCAGUAGUAGUGAUAAAUUUCAGAAAAAUUUUAAGGGAAGCAAUUAUUAUAAUACGCCUCCACUACCAACAGGAGGUUCAUAUUAUCAUAAUACUGCCGCUUUGCCGGUAAAUGCUAUAUAUGUUGCUCAAGCUCCACCCAGAGGAUCAGAAUUUGGUGAUUUUUUAACCGGCUAUCUUACCGGCCGCCUCUUAACUAUGGGUUUUUCUUCACCCCAUUAUCAUGUUACUCAUGUCUAUAGGGACAAUCCAUCAGCUGCUGAAAAUACUGCCAAACCAAAUAAUACUAAUACUACAGAAAAACCUUUUAAUGCACCAUUGGCGGAAAUUACCACAACAACAGUAAGUUCUGGCGAGAGAGAAACUAGAAAUACCACCACUACCCAAUUACCAUUAAGUACAACAGAACCGCCAGCACCAACAUAUGGUAUAAUUUGUAUGCCCAUGUUAAUAAAUGAAAUAAAUGAAAAUGGUGAAACGGUACAAAAUGAAAGAACUGUUUGUUAUCCUGCACCGGCGCCACCUACACCACAAAAUGAAAUGAAAUCAAAACCAGUUGAAAUAGCUGGUGAUAUAAUGGAUCAUUAAUAAUUUUAUUUCAGCUUUAAAAAUAAACUUAAUUUUUAAAUUUCUUUUUUUUAAUAAAAUUAUGUAUUACACUUGUAAAUAUAUGUAUUUGCACGUGAAAAUUAAAA